UGUGUGCGUGUGUGCGUGUGUGUGUGUGUUGGUACCGAUCACAAAGAGGAGGGCGGGAGUGUCAUUACCAUUGUUUCAGUUGCUCAGUGUGUGCGUACUUCAGUGAGAGGGAAAGAGAGGGCGAAAGAGAAAGAGAGAGAGAGGAAAGAGAGUAUGAAGUGGGGAAAGUGAGAGAGUGAGAAAAAGAGAGUAGAAGCUAGUCUCCGUGAUAAAGAUCUAUGGCGGGUGACGGGCAAGACAAAUGUGGGCGCUGCAGCCUCGCCUACAACAAGGAGGAGAGAUGCCCCAGGACCCUCGUCUGCGGCCACACCUCCUGUACCGCCUGCCUCGACGCCCUCAUCCAGGCAGGCGAGCGGAGGUGUCCAUCCUGCAGCAGGCAAUUCUUCUCCUACUCCACUGUGCUCAUCCCCAAGGACUUCCAGGUGUUGAGGCGCCUUGGGGAGUUGUCCAAGUCGUCUCAGUUAUCCUCGUACACUUCUCCUCUAAAGUUGAAGUCGUCCCUGUCCGUUGAUUCAAGUCUCGCGAGGUCGCCAGUCUCGAGGGAAAGGUUCUCAGCCUCGUCAGCACUCCGGGACUCACAGACUGAAGGCUCCUUUGAUAUCGGGGGCUCCGUGCGGCCAAGGAGUGAGGGGGGAGUGACAGGGCUUUCCGAUGCCUCUACAGGAGUCUCCUUGCCUCCGCCACCGCCGUCCUCCGCGCCGCCCAGCCUUGACGAGACCUCUAAUGACCUCCAGGUGUCCAGGUCACAGGUGGAGGAUCCGUCAGGUGUGGAUGGAGGUGGUGGUGGUAGUGGUGGUAGCUUUUCUCGUCUGUCCAAAAGCUCUUCGGGAGAUGAGGCGGCAGGGACUUUCACUACCCCCUCCUACUCCUUCCCUGCCAUAAGGACGCGGCUCAGCACGGCCACCAGCAGGGCGACAGACAUCAGCGCCUCCACUACCACCACCGCCACCACCACCAGCACCGGUAGCAAGAUGGAACUACGACCUGUAAAGUCCCUGCCUCCUCUUUCAUCUUCAGCCGCCAUCAAGUCACCUUCAAUCUCCUCACCGCUCAGCGCUGAGGCAAGUUCUUCAGCCUCGUCUUCAGGGUACACGUCACCUUUCCUCAGGACCAGUUCCUCCUCCUCCUCCUCCUCCUCCUUCUCCUCCUCCCUGAAUACUAGCACCAUCAGGAGUCUUCAAAGUGGAUAUAAGAAACUCUCCUUAGACUCAUCUGAGGAAACGCAAGGCAGCCAGGUGCCUUCUUCCCUCAGUGGCUCGGUGGACUCUUCAGGACUAUCACGGUCAAUGCCGAGUCUCCAUAAACUUGAGUCUAAGUUGAGUGUUCCUUCAGGAGGCGGGAGUCAGGAUGAGGUGGAUCUUAGCGUGUCCACAUGGAAACUGAAAACCUCGAAGUCACUUUCCAGGAGGAAAUACUCGGUCACCUCCAGCAGCAGCAGGCAGGACACCAGCUCGUUGAGGAUGUGCAACAAUGACACCUCCUCCACCUCGCCCAGCUCCUCCAGCCACCUUAGAAGAUCGAGGGACGCUUCUAGACAGGCUGACACACAGACCAAGGAGGUCCGGCCCUUCGCCAGGUCAUCGGGGACGCCCACACACGUGCUCCGAAUGUGUCGCUCCAUCACGUCUAAGACACGACCCGCCGCUGACGACGAGGCAGAAGUGGCGACCCUGACUCGUGAUUCUAAUACAAGCUCCUCGUCAUACCAGACAUCAAGCUCCUCCUCCUCAUUCUUCUCUUCUUCUUCCUCUUCUACCUCAACAGUUUCCUCCUCCUCAUCAUCAUCAUCAUCAUUAGCAGCCUCGAAGGACUCACAAAGUCACCGUGGGUUGAGUGAGGGUGGACAACAAGAAAGUGUGUCCCCAGAAGACAUGGACAUGAUGGGAAUGCGCGAGGCAGGUCCUGAGACGCCCCUGCCCGCUGUGCCUCCCUCGAGUGGCGCGAGUGAUGACCACGGUCACUCCUACAGCCAACACUCCUCACUUGCUUCCCGCGACGACGCAAAUGACGCCGCCGCGAGCCGCUCGGCACGUGUUGGUCCCCGCCGGGAGGUGAGGGAGCGGUGCGACGAGGCGGAGGACACGAGCCGACGCUCCCCUGCCGCCUCGUCGCCGUCAGAGAUGAGAGGAGAUAAGUCAAAGGAAGCCAGGAAAUUAGCUCUGUCCUCCUCGCUCAGUGCUCGUCUCGGGGCGCGGACGGGAUUCCUGUCAACGGCGAUCGAUGAGGAGAAUGAGGAGGACGCGGGGGGCGGUGCUGCCCCGGCAGGGGGUGAAGUCCCUGCAGGACGUGAUGGUAUAUUACAUAGACCUGACCGACAGGGCGUGCAGCCAUCUCGAUCCCGCGCCUCCCUGGGCGCCCGUAUAUCCGCCCGUACAGGUUACCUGGCGGGGGGCUGGAGCAGCGGGGGGGACGACGCGAGCCGAGGCGAAGUUCAAGCUGAGGACUCGACCAAAAUAGACCCGCAGAGGAGGGCGGGCCGCAGCUGGACAAAGAGAGGAGCAGCUGCCGGGGAACGCCAUUCUGCCUCUCCCGGCGUGGAGGCCCAGGUUGGGGCUCCUGCUGCCCACCAGGACGCCCUAAACCAGGGCACUGCCCAGGGCGGCGAGGAGGGUGCUGCUGAGGUCAAGGUCACGAGGUCCCUGCACACUGCCACAACAGCAGCCUCGCUCGGGGAGGCAGGAGGCGCGGGGACAACGAACACCACGGGGAAGGCGCCACAGGAUUCUCGCCUGGAGGACAGAGAGGCAAGGACCGAGGCAGGGGCUGGCGGGAGCUUAGGGUCUGGUGGUGGUGGUGGUGGUGCUGUGAUUCCUGGCUCAGUGGGGAGUAAGGGGGCGGCGGGAGCUGGGGAGUCACGUGAGGCUUAUUCCAGGUCUCGCCAGCACGGGGAUGUUUUGGGCCGCGACGCUGCUCCGGCACAUGAGUUAAGUCAACACUCUGGGCCGGGGCGCCAUCGGCUGAUCGAUUCCCGCGCUAAAGAGGAACUAUCCGAUCCCGGAUGUGAGCCCCGAGCAGCCUCCGCCCGAGGCGCCGCGAACACCUGGCGAGACACGCGGGAGGCUCAGCUGGGGAGGGCGGCUGGACAUCUCAGGCUGCCUAACGAGGAUGGGGUGAGCGAUCCACACACUGGCUCGCGCGGCGACGCUGAGCGCUGGACGAAACUCGGUGAGAAGCGCGAGAAAGCGCCGCCUGUUUUUCGAUCAGGAACAGGAAACGCAAACGCCCUUUCUGACGCCGCGGAUGGGUCACCAGGGACAUCCGGCAGCGUCCCGGGCAGGGAGACCCGGCCGGUGGCCCCCCCGCCCCCCUCAGACCUCUUCCCGUGGAAGAAAAAGUGGAGAAGCGUCACCGAGCGCACCUCAAUGGCCUCCACCCGACACACGCGGGGCGAGACACUUGGCGCUUCCUUGAGCAGUGAUUCAAAAGAGGUCGUGCAGCACAAUGCAGAGCCCAGAACUACCUGGCAGCACCGUCCCCUCAGCACUCAGCACUCAGGGGCGGCGGCUGGUGGUGCGAGUGACGGGCAGUCUUCACACCCGUCCCGCGGCUUGCUGGGGACGCUCACAAUAGGACGUGUGCCGAGUUUCCAAGACGACGACGCUGGCGAGGCACAGACGCGAGUGCCACAGGACGUCGCUGAUACGAGCCGGACAGACGAGGCGCCUGCAGGAAGCACACAUUCAGAUCACAAGGCAGGAAUCCAGGCUAGGGAGGCGCGUGAUGCCGGCGAGAGGAAAGAUGUCAGGAGUGCUUCUGUUCUCAAGGGAAACAAGAGGAUGUCAGCGUGGCUGGCGUCCCUGAGCAGCGAUGAAGGUAAACAAUCCACUCAGACACCUGACCCUGCUUCCCAAACACUGCCUGUGUCUGGCAACGCCACGGAACACAUCGGGGACACGGAGGGGUCUGCCUCUAGCACCGUCACGGAAGACAAGCCGGAUCUCAGCUCAGGCUUCCGCCAGGCAAGCCACAGGCACAGCGCCACCAGCAUCACCCCGACGGAGGAGGCACCAGCUCCGGCCAGAACAAACCUAUCGUACCUUCUGACGCGGCUGCAGAACACUGAGGUGAAGAAGACAUCCUAUGCUCUCAAUGAGGACGAGGAUGAGGUGUUUUACGAAACCUCUGAGGACGAGGAGGGCGUGAACACACACCAGCAGGAGCAGCAAGCACUUUCCUCAAGCUCAAUCGUGAAAACAAGCAUGAAGGAGACUGAAAACUCUGAAAUAUUAACAAAAAACACUACAGACCAAAGCCAGGACCUCGUGGGGACGACAGACGAACCAGACAGCACGACGCGGCGACGCAACACACCACGUGACACUGACAAACACUCCGACGAAGGCGCAGAAGAGACACCGAGCCGGCAUGAGCAAGAAGAGGAUCAGGAUACAGAUGAGGACUGUCUCGACGCCCCGUGUGAAGGUGCUGGGGUCAGCGUGGGUGAAUACGAACCUGGUGUUGGCCUCUGCUCCUCCCACGGCCUCAUGCUACACCUCUACUGCGAGGACUGCGAGGAGUGGGUCUGUGACGAAUGCCUCAAGGUGCUGCACAGGCCUCCCCCGAAAGGUUCCUGCCGCGUCAUCACCGCCGCAGAGGGAGUGAGCCAAAUGAAGGUGAAUCACGAAUCCUUCCUCGCCUCAAGAACCAACACCUUAGAUUAUUUCAGGGCGGAGCUGCACAGGAUCAUUGCGGAGUGUGACAACAGCAUUAACCUACACGGGGAUAACCUGCGGCGCCUGGAGGAGGAGAUAGAGGAGGAACAGAGGCUCGUGAGGGGAAUAGAGUCCAUGCGGUCCCUGGCGAAGGAGAAGCUACGUCAGGUGAACUACUGGGAGGAAGUCCUGCAGAAGAAUCUGUCCCGCAUCGAUGGGUCGUCGUCGUCCAGUGACGUGAUCAGUGCAGUGCGGGAGAGUUCCAACGACAUCCUGCAGAAGGCGAUGGAGGCAGUGUCCAUGGAGGCGGGUGCUGGGCUCCUCCUGUCCCCGCCUAAUUAGCCGUUUGACCCUAAGACUCUACCCCAAGGUCAAGGGUGGUGGUGGGAAUCUAUAAUGUGAUCUGACUGAUGUAGCGUCUCAAGCUUGACUGAUUGGCCUGAUGUAAGUUCAAGGGACAGUUUCGAAAGGCAACACUAACAGCAGCAGAGUGACCAGCAAGUGCCUUGUGCCUGUGCUUGUGUGCCCAGUAAAAUCUAAGGCCGCUCUAAUGAAGUAACAAGUGUCAUUACCAAUCGAACGGUUAAUAUGAUUUGAAGACCACCACUCCAUCACGUCCCUUCUAACUUCCACUACUUGCUGAGACAAUAAUCCAUCUUUUUUUUAGUUACGGUUCUUGCCGCAGUGGUCAAGGUUUCUACUCCUGUUCUUACGUCUCAUGGUUCGAGUCCCCAAGGCGCCAUGUAGUGAGGGUGCAGCGCUCUGGUAACACUAGAGUGGCUGGUUCGUGAUCCUUGCUGUCAUGUGCGGUGAGAUUGCAUUAUUGAGCGGCAAGUGUUGUGUGGAGGCAUCGGGAACUCUCCAGGGUGAUUCCAAGUUCCCUUUGUGACUUACGAACGUGUUGAAGUUUAUCGUUAACAUCUACAAUUUAUUUGCUACUACUACAACUACAACUCCUCCUCGUCUUCCUGCUACUUUUACUACUACUACUACUACUACUAUUACUAUUACUACUAUUAUAAUCACAGUAAAACAAUAUCUAUUAUUAAUGUUCUUAUCACUACUACUACUACUACUACUACUAUUACUGCCACUAUUACUACAAAAACACUUGUGAGAAAUCUUAAACACAAACACUUUCAGGUCAUCUUUCCUUUUCCUCACACUUAACACUUUACACACACUUACACGAAACGCUGAUUAAUAAGUACACGUGUAGUGACGCUGUGUGCACCUGACUUUAUGUACGUUUGUGUGUACGUGAAAACCUUACUACAAUGCUGAUUAAACUCUGUCUCUUGUUAAUUGAGUUCAAAAAAUGACUAUUAGGAUUUUUAUUACUUUAAAAUUCUCUCAGCAAUAAGAGAGAGAGAGAGAGA